AUGAGUUUACCACUCAAACACCAUCACCAUGGCGGGGAAGAACGUCACGUCGCGCAGACCAACGUUUCAGCGGAGGAAGUUGGUGUCGUGAAGCAACAGGAGACAUACGCGUUCGAUGAGUCGCGCAAGAUCGGCAUCACGGGCGCCGUUUUCCUGAUUCUAAACAAGAUGAUUGGUACCGGAAUCUUCUCCACGCCCUCUGGCAUCUUCCAGUCUACCGGCUCCGUGGGCGUCGCGCUCAUGCUCUGGGUCAUUGGCGGCAUCCUCACCUUUUGCGGCAUGAGCGUCUUCCUCGAAUUCGGCCUAGCGAUCCCCCGCUCCGGCGGCGAGAAGAACUACCUCGAGCGCGCCUACAGACACCCCAAGUACCUUGCGUCCUGUGUCCUAGCUUCGCAAAUGGUUCUUCUCGGCUUCUCGUCCGGGAAUUCCCUUGCCUUUGGCCGAUACGUCCUCUUUGCGUCCGGCUCAAGCUCGCCAGAUGGAUGGGUCGCUCGCGGCAUCGGUAUCGCUGGUGCUACAUUCGCUGUGGGCAUUCACGCCAUCACGCCCAAGUGGGGCAUUCGUCUGUUCAAUGUUCUGGGCGUUUUCAAGGUUGUCGUCUUGCUUUUCAUUGUCUUCUCUGGGUUCGCCGCUCUCGCCGGCCGUCGUCGUGUGCCGGACCCUCACAACUUUGACAACGCGUUCCGCAUCGAGGACGGAGAGGGGUACGGCAACGGCGGCGCCUACGGCUAUGCAACUGCCCUGCUUCGUAUUGUUUACAGCUACAAGGGGUGGGAGAACGCCAACUACGUCGUUGGGGAGCUCAAAAACCCGCGCAAGACUUUGGCCAUUGCCGCUCCCAUAGCAAUUGGUGGCGUGACCAUUCUCUACGUUCUCGCCAACGUCGCCUACUUUGCUGCCAUUCCCAAGACCGAGCUCGCCACUUCCGAGGUCAUCGUUGCCGGUGUUUUCUUCCGCAAUGUCUUUGGCAACAGUGCUGCUGCCCGAGCCCUACCAGCGUUCGUUGCUAUUAGCAACUUGGGCAACGUGCUUGCCGUCAGUUUCGCUCACGCUCGCCUCAACCAGGAGCUGGCUAAAGAAGGCCUGUUGCCCUUCAGUCGAUUCUGGGCGUCGAAUAAGCCGUUUAAUGCCCCUGCUGCUGCGCUUUUCCUCCACUGGAUUGUUACCGUUAUCGUCCUUGUUGCUCCACCAGCUGGUCCGGCCUACAACUUCAUAACUGAUAUGUACACGCAAGGUGGUGCUUGGAUCAACGCUUUUGUCGGCAUCGGUCUUCUCUACCUGCAGUGGAACAAGAAGGAGAACUGGACUUCACCUUGGCAUACUUACUUUCCCAUCACGGUGAUCUAUGUUCUCGCCAACCUCUUCUUAUGCAUUGUUCCGUUCAUCCCUCCCACAACCUCCUGGACCGCCGAUGGCUACCCGUACUAUGUCUUCCCCAUCGUGGUUAUCGGUGUGCUUCUAUUGGGUGUUGUCUACUGGGGGUUCUGGACCAAGCUCUUGCCUGCCAUCGGUGGUUAUAAGGUCGUGGCCGAAAGGACUUAUGAUCAGGAGGGUCACGAGGUUAUCCGAUACCGCAAAGUAAGCACCAAGCAUGGGCGUUCUGGACCUAUUGAUUAA